CCCCCUGUUCUGCAGAAAUGCUUCCCAUCUUCCUACCAGUCAGCAAGAAGCCAUCAGCGCUUGCACCAGAGAAUCCAUCAGGGGGAUUAUGGGAAAGCUAGAGGAAAAUGUGGGCAUGGAGUGAAAGCUCUCAACUCUGGCCUCAGUUACUAGAGUGAAAUCCAGGAGCUUUUCAUCACCUAAGUAACUGAAAUAUAGUCCUUAUUAAGGGCUAGGACCAGUUUCUCAAAAACCUUUACACUAACUAGGAUCCAGAAAGUGAAUCUUGGGAAGCCUCUUAAUAAAGUGCCUUGGAGAGGAUCGUGCAUAAUUUACCGUAUCCAAAACCAGCGAGAGUUUCCUUUGUGGAAGAAAGCGAUUUGUGCCCUCCCCACCAUCAAUACACACAGUUUCCUGGCAGGCCCGAUGGGUUUCCAAACAUUUCGUCACCGUCUCCUCCUGACCUUGGUGUGAAGGGAACGAGCCGCGUGGCCUGUUGGUUCCAGCAAAGCCAUCGGGGGCGCCCGCCUCGGCUGGGGGAGGGUGGCUACAGACUCGGGAGUGGAGGUGAGGUCUGCUGGAAAUCCCCAGCCCGGGCAGCCGCCAGAGGUUUAAAGACGCCUUCCCCGGCCUUAUUUGGUCGCAGGAAGUGGGCGGCGCCGGGCCUGCAGGCAGAGAGGCCGCUCCGAGACAGUUGUGCUGAUGAAGUGGUCGAGCUGGUUCCUGCUCGCCGCCGUGCCGCGCGCGCCGGCCGGCCGCUGGGCGCUCCGCGCUCCCAGCUCGGAGUUGUGCAAUCCUUUGUAGCGCGCCAGAGAGUCCUCCUCCUUCGCUGUUGCCUCUCGUCCUCUCUCUUUUUUUCAAGCUGUGAGCUCAACCGAUGAGUCAGAGCCGUGCAAUCCUGACACUGCAUCGCAGGACUGGGGGUGACACGGAGGGAGGGAGAGUCAGCGAUCGCGAGGCGGACACCGCGGGCGCGCAGCGCGCCCGAGGCUCCUGCGCCGCGACCGGGGGGUGACAGCCCGCGCGUCCCGCCUGGGCCCUGCCAGCAAACUUCCCAGCCUCGGAGGCGCGGGCUGACGGAAGCCCAGAGAGCGCCGCGGAAAAGCCGCGGCGCUGUUUGUUUUUAAAAUCGGGGACUGCGUGCAGCCGGCUGAACUCCGGGAGGCGACCAAAGGCGGCAAACCCGCGGCGGAGGGGGGACAUCCGAUGUCGGAGUUCGGCCAGGAGCGGGGCUCCAAGACCCUGUGUAGCGUCAUGAACUGGGAAGAGUAGACGCUCCUGAGAGCCUCACCACAAAGAGGAAGGAGGAGCCAGCAGUUCUUUCUCCUUGUGCCUGACUGCGUCGUCCAGCGUCUUCCUCUGCUCUUGCCCACCCCCACCCCCCAGCCCCCAGCUCCCAGCCCCCACCGGCCCCUGGACUAGGGCUGGGCUGGGCUUCCAGCAGCACGUUUCCCCAGGGCAUGGGCAACUGGUGAAGCAGGGCUCACUGCCGGGGCCCAGUUGACCACACCAUGAACCUCCAGGCCCAGUCCAAGGCUCCGAAUAAGCGGAAGCGUUGUCUCUUCUUUGGGGAUCAGGAGCCAGCUCCCAAGGAGCAGCCCCCAUCCCUGCAGGCCCCACAGCAGCCCCCAGCCCCUCCACAGGUCACCAGAGUAAAGGAGGAGUCCUACUUUGGGCAUGAGGGUCCCGUAGGGGGCGCCCCCACCUCCCAGCCUGUGGAACUGUCCCCUCCCAACAGCCUGGCCCUGCUAAACUCUGCAGUAUAUGGGCCUGAGCGGACCACAGCAGCCAUGUGGCCCAACUCUGUGAUGGCCCCGGGACGGGGCCCAGAGCGUGGAGGGGGUGGGGGUGUCGGUGACAGCAGCUGGCAACAGCAGCCUGGCCAGCCUCCCCCCCACUCAACCUGGAACUGCCACAGCCUGCCUCUCUACAGUGGACCCAAGGGGAGCCCCCAUCCUGGUGUGGGAGUCUCUGCCUACUAUAACCACCCAGAGGCACUGAAACGGGAGAAAGGGGGUGGCCCACAACUGGACCGCUACGGGAAUGCAGUGAGGCCAAUGAUGUCACAGAAAGUGCAGCUAGAGGUGGGGCGGCCACAGGCCCCCCUGAACUCCUUCCAUACAGCCAAGAAGCCCCCAAACCAGACGCUGCCCUUGCAACCCUUCCAGCUGGCCUUUGGCCACCAGGUGAACCGGCAAGUCUUCCGGCAGGGCCCACCGCCCCCCAACCCUGUCGCCCCCUUCCCCCUGCAGAAGCAGCAGCAGCAGGCAGCCCUGCCCCAGAUGCAGCUCUUUGAGAACUUUUACCCCAUGCAGCAGCCACCCUCCCAGCCGCCCCAGGACUUUGGCCUGCAGCCAGCUGGGCCCCUGGGACAAGCCCACCUGGCUCACCAUAGCAUGGCACCAUACCCCUUUCCCCCCAAUCCUGAUAUGAACCCCGAACUGCGCAAGGCUCUCCUGCAGGAGUCAGCCCCGCAGCCUGUGCUACCUCAGGCCCAGAUUGCCUUCCCCCGCCGCUCCCGCCGGCUUUCUAAGGAGGGUGUCCUGCCUCCCACUGCCCUGGAUGGGGCUGGCACCCAACCUGGGCAGGACCCUGCCAGCAACCUGUUCCUACAUCACUGGCCCCCGCAGCAGCCCCCACCUGGCCCCCUGGGACAGCCCCAUCCUGAAGCCCUGGGAUUCCCAAUGGAGCUGCUUCCUGAUGGGGAGAGACUGGCGCCCAAUGGUCGGGAGCGGGAGGCUCCCUCCAUGAGCACUGAGGAGGCCAUGCGGGCAGUGGGCACAGGGGACUGUGGGCAGGUGCUGCGGGGUGGGGUGAUCCAGAGCACGCGACGGAGGCGCCGGGCGUCCCAGGAGGCCAAUUUGCUGACCCUGGCCCAGAAAGCAGUGGAGCUGGCCUCGCUGCAGAACUCAAAGGAUGCCAAUGGCUCUGAGGAGAAGCGGAAAAGUGUGUUGGCCUCAGCUGCCAAGUGCGGCGUGGAGUUUUCUGAGCCUUCCUUAGCCACCAGGCGAGCCCGAGAGGACAGUGGGAUGGUGCCACUUGUCAUCCCUGUGUCUGUGCCUGUGCGGACUGUGGACCCUAUGGAGGCAGUUCAGGCUGGAGGUAUUGAUGAGGACAGGAAGGGUCUGGAGCAGAAUCCUGCCGAGCACAAGCCAUCAGUCAUUGUCACCCGGAGGCGUUCCACCCGUAUCCCUGGGACCGAUGCCCCAGCUCAGGCUGAGGACAUGAACAUCAAGGUGGAGGGGGAGGCUUCGGUGCGGAAACCAAAGCAGCGGCCGCGGCCUGAGCCCCUGAUCAUCCCCACCAAGGCAGGCACUUUCAUCGCCCCUCCCGUGUACUCCAACAUCACCCCAUACCAGAGCCACCUGCGCUCUCCUGUCCGCCUGGCUGACCACCCCUCUGAACGGAGCUUUGAGCUGCCACCCUACACGCCACCCCCCAUCCUCAGCCCUGUGCGGGAAGGCUCCGGCCUCUACUUCAACGCCAUCAUGUCAACUAGCAGCAUCCCGGCCCCACCUCCCAUCACCCCCAAGAGUGCCCAUCGCACCCUGCUCCGGUCCAAUAGCGCUGAAGUCACCCCGCCCGUCCUCUCUGUGAUGGGGGAGGCCACCCCAGUCAGCAUCGAGCCGCGGAUCAACGUGGGCUCUCGGUUCCAAGCAGAAAUCCCCUCUCUGAGGGACCGUGCCCUGGCAGCUGCAGACCCCCACAAGGCUGACUUGGUGUGGCAGCCGUGGGAGGACCUAGAGAGCAGCCGGGAGAAGCAGAGGCAAGUGGAAGACCUGCUGACAGCUGCCUGCUCUAGCAUUUUCCCCGGUGCUGGCACCAACCAGGAGCUGGCCCUGCACUGUCUGCACGAGUCCAGGGGAGACAUCCUGGAGACGCUGAAUAAGCUGCUGCUGAAGAAGCCCCUUCGGCCCCUCAACCACCCGCUGGCCACUUAUCACUACACAGGCUCCGACCAGUGGAAGAUGGCGGAGAGGAAGCUGUUCAACAAGGGCAUUGCCAUCUACAAGAAGGAUUUCUUCCUGGUGCAGAAGCUGAUCCAGACCAAGACCGUGGCCCAGUGCGUGGAGUUCUACUAUACCUACAAGAAGCAGGUGAAAAUCGGCCGCAACGGGACCCUAACCUUCGGGGAUGUGGAUACAAAUGACGAAAAGUCAGCCCAGGAAGAGGUUGAAGUGGAUAUUAAGAAUUCCCAGAAGUUUCCAAGGGUGCCUCCUCCCAGAAGAGAGUCCCCUAGUGAAGAAAGGCUGGAGCCAAAGAGGGAGGUGAAGGAGACCAAGAAAGAAGGGGAGGAGGAAGUGCCAGAAAUCCAGGAGAAGGGGGAGCAGGAAGAGGGGCGCGAGCGGAGUCGGAGAGCAGCGGCUGUCAAAGCCACGCAGACGCUACAGGCCAAUGAGUCGGCCAACGACAUCCUCAUCCUCCGAAGCCAUGAGCCCAAUGCCCCAGGGUCUGCUGGUGGCCAUGCCUCAGAGAAGCCAAGGGAGGGGGCAGGGAAGUCACGGAGGGCAUUGCCUUUUUCGGAGAAGAAGAAGAAACCAGAGACAUUUAGUAAGACUCAGAAUCAGGAGAACACCUUCCCUUGUAAAAAAUGUGGCAGGGUGUUUUACAAGGUGAAGAGCCGCAGUGCCCACAUGAAGAGCCACGCGGAGCAGGAGAAGAAGGCUGCAGCGCUGAGACAGCGGGAGAAGGAGGCCGCCGCGGCUGCCGCCGCCUCCUCUCACCAGCAGGCGCUGCGGGAUGAGGGCGGCGCGGGCGAGAAGGGCUGAGCGCGGGGAAGCCUCCGCCCGGAGAGCCGCCGGCCCGAACCCCCUCUCGAGGGCUCCAUGGCCUCUCCCUUGCGCCGGGCGGCGGAAGAGCCUGGAAACACCCUGGAACCCCGAGAGGGAUUGAGAAAAGAACCCCAUGGCCUUUUCUCUGAAAACGCAAGCAAGUCAAGUAAACGGCUCUUUUAUUUAUAAAGGCCCCAAGGAGCAGUGUUAAUGGGCAGCAGCAUCCAGUUCUCUUGGCAUUUGGGCUGUCGGAAGUUGUCCUCUUGCUUUCGUGGAACCGUGAGCGUCCCCGCUUGGGCUGCCCCCUUCGAAGGGGCUCCGGCCUCCGCCUCCUCUCACACUCUGAUCUCUGCUGCCGCGCCAUCUCGUCCCUUCUUCCUUGCCGCACAGUCCUCCCCUCAGUCUCCAGGAAGCUGCCUUGGUGAGCCAAGCACAAGCUCACCCCUCCCCCGCUCCCGCAGCAUUACUCCCCCUCCCCAGAGGGCCUCAGGGGCUGCAGAGGCCCUACCCCAAAUCCAGAAAAAGGCACUCCCUUGGAUAGAGUGUGGUGGUCCAAGCCUUUAGCUGCUCGGUGACCCUGUGCUCAGAUUGGCCACCUCCUCCUGGGAGGCCACCAGAAUGCAUCGUGGGAGAGUCCGAGGACAGGUGCCUACUUUGCUGCUUGCUAGCAGCCCUGCUUGGGCUGGAAAGUAUUUUCAGAUGUUUGGGAAAGGGUCCCGAGUUCCUGUCUGAACUCUCAGCCUGCUGGAAGAAAGGAAACUGCAGAGGUUGGAAGCUGCAGGGCUAGGCCUGAGGAGGCUUUUGACAAAUGUGGCUCUUCCUGCUUCCUGUCACCUCUUUGCCAAAUACCUUCGGGCCCUGGAGGCUGCCAUGGGAGCUUAGCCUAGAGCAGGGCGUGCAGAGGUCUGGCGUGAUCCCCAGCAACCCAGCCUGUUCCUCCUCGGUGCAAGCUCCCAGCCUGCCCCUGUCCUGCCCUCAGCAGCUACCCCCCAACUCCCUUCACCCUGUCCAAGGCUGAUGCCCACAGCUCAGCCCCCCAGUCCUGCACGCUAGAGAUUUCUGGAUCUUUCCCUGGGAGAGGGAGGUCUCCUAACUAGAUUGGAAAGGAGCCUUCAUUCCUUGACUCGUGUCAUUCAAGAGCUAUUUAUUUAUUUUUAAUAUUUAAUUUUUAACAUCCUCUCAGGGACCAGGGGCCGCCUGUUUUCCAGAGGCCCAAGUGCAUUUAUCCCUAAACAAGGCACCUUCUUGGCACCAUUCCCUGCACCACCCCCCUCCCCAAACCCUAAGUUCUUCACCUCUGCUCUGGAAGCUCUUGCCAGCAGGAAUGGUGGCAGCACUGAAAGAUGGUAGAAAGGUGGAUAGUGUCACCAGAGCCACAAGGAGACUAGCUGGAGCAUAUGGAAGAUCAAAGGCAGUUUUUGUUUGCUACUUUUCUGACUGUACUUUCAAGUUGCCUGAGGGGAUUGGCAGGAGGCCAGAAUUCUGCUUUUGUUUGUCAGGUUUGGAUCCUGACUUGAAAAAGCCUUAUUUAGCAUGGAGUCACAGAGGCGAAAGGGCUGGAAGGUUCUGGAGGCCCCUUCACUUGCCUGUCCCAUAGGAGGGCUGAGUUAUUUUUCUGCUCGUUAUUCAACUUGAGCUGUGUAGUUCUAAGUGAAUACAAGUAGUAUGGCAAGUCAACAUGUUAGGAAGAAUCCCCAGAGUAUCCAUUCUGCUACUCCUUAGGAAACAGCCGUCUUAAAGCGUCAUGUUUGUAACUGAGAGUGGGGAGGGAGUUUUGUUUCUAAACUAUGCACUAUCAGGUAUUUUUCAGCAUUCAUUUAUUAUUAAUGUGGUUCUGUAGGACCCCACCUAUAAGAGUAACAAAAUUCGUCCCCCUCCCAGACUCCUGGAUGACUUCAUAGAUCUCUAACUUCCCAAUUAAUUUCGUCCACAAACUUCUAUAAGCAAAAUGGCCCAGGAUUGCAAAAAUCUGGUACACCCUCUAGAAUCAGGAGGGUAGCAAAUUUAGGCUUACUUUUAAAUCACUUGUGUAAUCUGAGUGCCUUCUCAGCUUAGCCCCAAAGUGCUACUUCUGUUUCCCACAUUUGUUUUCUGUUUAAACUGCAUUUAGUUUCAGGCCUCUUUAUGGACAUGUGGUAACAGAAACCUCCUUCAAUCACAUGAGACCCUGCUGUCUGGUGGUAGCAUCUAGUUCUUUGACAUCUUUUUUUUUUUUUUUUUUUCAACAAGUAAGUGAUUUGUUCUCAGCUCGUGGAGACCAGACCAGAUGAAUGUAGGUGGGGAAACUAUUAAUUGUCCAGCAGCCUAUUCACCAGACACUGUAUUUUAGGAGGGUCCAUGCUUCAGGAUGGAUUUAUAUCUAGAAUGCAAUGUGAAAAUUAAAAUGCUCAGAUGGCAGAUGCAAUUGUGGCAAGUGCCCAGCCAUAGAAGCCGGUAUGUAUAUCUUUCAUGGUGCUUUCUCCCCCGUGAACACGGUCAGCUCUUUUUUUUUUUGUCCCCCUUUCUUCUCUUCAGAGUUCUUUGCUUUAGGAAGUUAAAUGACAAACACCUCCAGCUUUAUAAUGUCCUCCCCACACUGUCCCACCACAUCCGUCUCCUGGCCUCCAUCUGCACUCAGCUAAGGGCAUGAUGCUGACCUAGUGCCUGUAUUCUAGACCAUUUCAGAGGUCUCUUACCCACCCAAGGAGGCAGUGGUGUCAGCACUGUUCUCCAUGCCUUCAGCAGCCCCCUCAAGCCCUUUCUGCCACCCCACCUCCCGCUGUGCUAAGUGAGGUCUGCCCCUAGCACAGAGGUCAUGUGCUGCUUACAUCUAAAGGGAUCGCCUAUGUUUAACUGCCUCAGUGACCUAACCUCUUUCUUCUCAUGUGCCAGAUGUUAAGAUGAAGGAGGAAUACAACAUGGACUCCAGCCUCAGCUGUUUAAAUAUGUUUUCACUGGGGCUUACUUUUCCGGGAUGGUAUUUAUUACCAGACUGGCAAGCCUAACUCCUUAGGUUUACAGGAAGUUUGCGUAUUUUUAUAAAACAAUUCUGCAUCCUCCCUACAUUUGCCUCUAACAAUUUGCAGCUAUUACCACUUUUUCCUCAGUCUCUAAAGUUGAAGGCCUUGUUCGAGGGGACAGAGUACAGGAGAACAGCCUUGACAGUCUGUAAUUAUUGUACAAAUAUUUUAAUAGCAUAUAAAUAAGUAUAUUCCUUUUAUUUUGAAAAAGAAAAAAAAAAACGAUCAGAAACACUGCCUUUUGUGUGUUUGCUGGCCUGUGGCACCCUUUUUUAAAAAGACUGUUACAUAUUAAAAUAGUGUACAUAUAUAUAAAUAUUACCUCUUUUGCUGUACAGUUGUGAUAGACCAGACUGAAGAUUUUAUUUUUUGUGUGCUUUUUAUAAAAAAAUUAAUACACUAAAGAAAAUCUUGCUGAUGUGAUUGUAACGUACCUAUGUAACUUAUUUACUUUUGAAUGUUCUUCUGUAUCUUUAAACCUUUUAUUAAAUAAGGUUUUAAAAAUUCA